GGUGGUGAGUCCUCGGUUGGGAAAGACUUUUUGUAUGCAAAUUUUUCCUUUUUACACACUGCAGCGCUUUUGUUGACGCUCAGGUUUAUAAACAGAGCAGUCAUGACACCAGCAUUUAUUCCUUAUUGAGGAGCCGCUUUCUGAAACCCUAUCGAGAUUAGUCUACUGACAGCCUUCUGCCAUGAGCUGCUUGGAUGUUAUGUAUCAGAAUUAUGGAGCUCAUCAUUAUUUGCCAGCGACUGCAGCAGCAGCCUAUAAAGCGGCAUACUAUCACCAUCACCAGCAGCAUCAGAAAAAGUUCAGUGCAUACAGCAGGAUGCAGGACUUUGCUGACUUGCCUGCACACUGUGUUCAGAGUAAACAGGCUGAGAAACCCAGACCUGAGGCUGAGUUGCAAAGAGAUGAUGACGAGCAGCAUAGCGAGGAGGAGGUGAGAGCUAAAGAUUCGCAGCCAGCUGAGACUGAGUACCUGAGCUCCAGGUGUGUGCUCUUCACAUAUUUCCGUGGGGACAUUGGUGAUGUGGUGGAUGAGCACUUCUCCCGUGCCCUCAGCCAACCUAGUGCCUUCAGUAACGACACCAAGAGCAUUAGGCUCCCAACUGGAGGACUAUGGAAAGAUGGCAGUUCUCUCUGCGAGGGCCAGAGUGGCUCUUUGUCCUCUUCGUUAUGGAACAGUAGUUACCCAUCUCAGACCAACCCAUGUAUCCCCUCCGUUCAUAGUGAUUUCCCUGCAGCUGCUGCCUUCCACACAGCAGACACUGGCAUUUGGAGUGGCCAUAGCCUAACCCAGCCUGGCCUGCCCCCUCACUCGGCCCUCACUGACUCGUGGCCUUAUAGCCUGGGUGGCCAAAGCAGCGCCGGACACCAUGUCCAUGACAUGUACCCUCAUGUGCACCCACGCCACCAUCAUCCCCACCCUCAUGCCCAUCCCAUGCUCCAUCAUAGCCACAGCAGUGCUCUGGACCAUCGCUUCAGUGCCCUUCUGUUGCCAGGCAUGAGAGCAUCAAGUAGUCCUUCUUCUAAUACAGAGGGAAUCAAGACUGAGCUGGAGCCUGCUGCAUCUGGCUGGCCAGCAUCCUUCCAUGGCUCUGUAGAUAUCUAUGACACAGCACUGGAACAGGACAAAGCAAAAGCCAGUGUCUGGUUCUGAAACAGAGAAAACCUGCCAGUGACACACAACCUUGGAGUAGAGCAGCGCUGACAUGAGCAAUGUGAGAUGGGCCAGAGUCUCACUGUGGAAUCUCUCCCUGGAAAGCUUUCAGAUUUCAGGCAACUCAGGAAAGGAAACUUUGACUCCCUCCAUUAGACAAGCAUAACAAUAAACUUGGAGAACAACGACUUUUCUGCAAAAGCAAACCAUCUUAUCCGAGUUUGUGCGUGAUGCAAAGAGUGAGGCGUUAAUGAAUUCAGCCAGAGUGCUGUCCCACCUGGACUUUCAAAGAGCUCUCACGGAGGGAAUGCAAUGAAGGAAGCCACUUAAAUGUAUCCAAGUCUAAGAGGUAUAUUUUUCCUACUUUUUGUAAACCACGUCAAACAUUUCCUGUUUGGUGGUUUGUGAUCAGGAACAGAAGCAUAAGCACAUACCACUGGUUUUGUUGAAAGAACUGCCUGUCCCAUUUCAAAUGAAGGCCAGUUUUGUGUUAAUGUGGCUAUAAAUAUGUGAAUGUUUGAGUAGCAGCCUUGUUCAAAUAGAAGUUUUACUUUAAUAUAUUUUG